ACGUUCUUAGCACGCAGCUCAGAGCAUCUUCGUGCAAAAGGAGGAUGUGGACCUAACCAUGGUUGGUCUAACCAUGGUUGGUCUAACCAUGGUUAACUUCACUGUUUGCUCCAAGUCAAUGAACCAUUAUUGUGUCUCCUCUUGGACUCCAAUGCAGGACAAGCCUCCCUUCUCGGUGCAAUAGAAAGCAGGUGCCGACACCUAGGGAGAACGUGAGGAGAGCCACCGUUUUCCACCAGUUGAGCUGAGGAACCGAGAAACUUUUCGAGGCCGUAGGUAGUAGAAUCGCUUCAUGAUCCUCGGACCAGCCCUCGCCAUAAAAUUCGUCCGGCUGGGUGGAGACCUUAGAGAAUGUUGCCUCUCGGUUCCAAAAGCUUAGCUGACCAUGAGAUGAAAGUGCCGUACCGUGCCUGGGAAGGACAGCUUUUCGUUCAGAAUCAGCGGGUGUGUGACAUCGUCCUUCGAUCCCCCUUUCAGGCUUCGAUCCCGGCUCAGUUGCCAGCCAAGCUAGAAUUCAAGUAUAUCGUGCAGAUAUCAGAAUUGCGGAAAAAACUGCCGGAAGCUGCAUUUAAAAAAAACAGUUAUUCCAAUGAUGAAGUCUGUUGUCAGCAGUUGUUGUUUCGUUUAUAUCAAGUGGAAAUAUUAGAUGAGAGUGAACUGAAAGAUCAGCUCAUUGGGAGCAUGAAAGAGAAAAACCUGGCCCUUGUCAAAUAUUUAAAUGACCGCGGAAUCCUCCUCUUCCUCACCUCGUCCGUCUUGGCGAACGAGAAAGACGCCGAAGCGAACGACUUGGGGUCCCUCCUAGCUUUAUUUUUAUUUCCAUCCCCAGAGCUCAGACAUUUAACAGCCGCCGCCGCGUCGAAAAGCAGCCCAGCCGGAGAGCGAUCCUUGCAGUGGACAAAAAGAAAAUCCAGCCGGAUCCUCGGGGCCACUUCGAAGAAGAAAUGGUCGCCGCUGAAGAUGUACUGCCUCUUGGAGAGCAGCAAGAAGAAGACGAAGGGGAAGGAGAAGAGGAAGAAGAAGAAGAAGAAAAAGAAGAAGAAGAAGAAAUUGCCCAAGGAAGCGAUGACCCUCAAUAACCCCUUGGCUAAUGAUCCCGGAUCCCCACCCGAUCCUAAAAAGCCAACCCUCAAAUUAAAAAAUAUCCAGAAUCCACUGAGAAGGAAGAGGGGGGCCGAAGUUUUGUCCGCAGAAUUCAUUCAAGGACCGAGGAGUGUGUCGCUUGAGGGAGCCACGGGGUCUUCGGCAGGCCUUGCCACGGAGGAAAAGAAACCCCGGCUGAACGUGGCCAUGAAAGUGACGAAUGUGGACAAAAUGGACGCCAAAGAACCAACUCCAAGGAAAAACCUCCACAUCGUUUCUUCCGAAAAGCAAUGGACCGAGGCUGCCUCUGUAGAAAAGGACACGGCUGCCCUGGAUGCCCACCAGAUGCCCACUAGAAGGGAAGAGUGCGAUUCCCAUGCAUUGAACUUGUUGGCUGAUUUAGCACUGAGUUCCUGUAACUCUCCCUUGGAUGGGAACAGUCGAAGAGAUUUCGGGCGUUUCCGUCUGUCCCGGGAACAUCGUCUCCCCCGUGGGAAAUUUUUGCACAAAUCAUUGGAUCACGAAUAUCACAGGGCUACCAAGAAACGGAAAGGCGCUUUCCUGCCGGGACAGAUGUCCCGAUCAUCCCUUUGGCCCGCCAAAGAAACCGGCCGGGAUAAGGACUGGCUUUUGAACACGAAGGACCGAAGCGCCCUCAAUCCCGCCAAAAAGAAAAAGGCGAGGACCAGCUUCGUCAAAAGUCCUCCAGCACUUCCGAACGAGACCGGGGAUCUGUUGGACUCGAGUGUCAUGAUUUCUUUAGAGCACUCGUACGCCACUCCCGUCUCCGAGACUUCCGAACAGGAGACGCCGCAUUCUCCGAACUCGAGGAACGGGGUGAAUCCGGAUAAGCCGGGUCCAUUGGUUGGAAAACUGCUUCCUUUCCAGCACCAGGAGAAUUUGGGCAAACCGGUUUCGAACCAUUUACCACCCGCUCGCUCCAUUGUGUUGGCCACCCGGCUGAGGGAGGAUUUCUCCACCAGUCGCCAAGUGACUUCGUGCGACAAAACAGUCCAAGUCACGUUCCAGUGGGAGGCGGAAUACGUCUUCAACUUGGACAGCAAAUAUACGAAUAAUUCCUUAGAAAAAACCAUCAUCCGGGCAGUACAUGGGCCCUGGGACGAAAGCCUCUCGGAUGACAUGGAAGAAAUGAGACUGAUCCUCCAUGUGUGGAUGGCGCUGUUUUAUAGCAAAACGAUCAAAGCGCUGACGGUACGAAAAGUAGUGGAGCACAGCAACCCGGCCAAAUACGUCUCCCUGAACAGUCUGGUGGACCCCUUGGAACCCAUGGACGAUGGGGGUGGACCUUACAUGUUGGAGAAACGCCCCGAAGCUGUCCAGAUCCCUGCCGAAGGAGGGCAAGAUGGCUCGGUUUCUCCUUCCGAGAAGAUACUCCCGGGGAACAAACUGUCCUCUGCCGACUCCUUAGAGGACGAGAGUCUUCAGACAAAGCCUGAAGAAGCCAAGGAUCUGCCUGAGAAGGAAGGACUGUCUCGUCCUCCUCUAAAGUCUGUUGAUGAGGGGGUCAAUGCGGAGCCCAAAGAACAAACCUCACUUCACCCUGUGCUUCCUGUUGAAAACCCGCCUGGGGUCGACGACCGUGUGAUCCCUCAAACCAAGACAGACAGAAGUCAAGAGACUAAGUUAGUUGGAAUUUCCCAAGAUGACGCAUCUCCGCUUACGGGACCUCCGGAGGGUUCAAGAAACGAACAGCUCAUCAUCGCAAGCAUGGAAGUUGCCGUUUCGGUAGCACAUCGGGAAACUGAUGUGGGGUCUUCAGAAGAAGUGAAGGACGACUUCCCUGCUGGGAGUUCCAACCCAGGAAUGUCGAAAGCAGCAGAGUUCAAAGCAGACGUGAAGUCUCGGGAACCCGCCAAUCCAGGAAGCGAAGUGGGAAACCAGCCUAGACUCCGUAUAGAUGAGCAAGAUGGAGAAAGUGUGGACUUGAGAUCCGUGGAUCUCAUGCUCUCCAAAAGCAGCGAUACUGACCUGGAAAUCCAAGAUAUGGAUCUGGAUUCAGAGGACGAGGAAGAUCCUGUGAAGAGCGGUGUGGAAGGAAGGGAAGAAACAGAUGGUAGGAGUGAUGAUGAUAUGUCAUCCAGACAUGGUAGUCUCCCGUCUAAGGCAUCAUCUCCAGUUGCCUUGUCUGGGCAUCGGACAGAAUUCCCAGGUGUCCAAGAAGCUGCAGUAGGACCAUCCUCAAGUUCUGUAUCACCAAACCAAAUGGAGUUGUUAGACAAGGUCCCUCAAGAGCAGAUCUCGUUCCAUCCAGUGACUGUUGAGGAAAAGAUGGUUGGAUCAACCUCAAGUUCUCUAUCUCCAAACCAAAUGGAGUUGAUAGACAAGAUCCCUCAGCAGCAGAUCUCGUUCCAUCCAAUGACUGUUGAGGAAAAGAUGGUGGGAUCAACCUCAGGUUCUGUAUCUCCAAACCAAAUGGAGUUGAUGGUCCCUCAGCAGCAGAUCUUGUUCCAUCCAAUGACUGUUGAGGAAAAGAUGCAGCAGAUCUCAUUCCAACUAGUGACUGUUGAGGAAAAGAUGGUGGGAUCAACCUCAAGUUCUGUAUCUCCAAACCAAAUGGAGUUAAUGGAUAAGGCCCCACAGCAGCAGAUCUCGUUCCAUCCAAUGACUGUUGAGGAAAAGAUGGUUGGAUCAACCUCAAGUUCUGCAUCUCCAACCCAAAUGCAGUUGAUGGUCCCUCAGCAGGAGAUCUCGUUUCAUCCAGUGACUAUUGAGGAAAAGAUGGUUGGAUCAACCUCAAGUUCUGUAUCUCCAACCCAAAUGGAGUUGAUGGAUAAGGUCCCUCAGCAGGAGAUCUCGUUCCAUCCAGUGACUGUUGAGGAAAAGAUGGUGGGAUCAACCUCAAGUUCUGUAUCUCCAAACCAAAUGGAGUUGAUGGUCCCUCAGCAGGAGAUCUCAUUCCAUCCAAUGACUGUUGAUGAAAAGAUGGUGGGAUCAGCCACAGAUCCCACGUCUCCAAAACAAACUGACUCAGUGGAGAACUCACCCGAGGAAGUGAUCUUAGCCGAUUCAGCUUCCACCGAAGCUUCUGGAGACUUCCCAAACGAUCGAGCAACAACUCCAGAUGGAUCCUUACAAAGUCCACAGGAACCAGUGGAAAGUCCUAGGGUUCCUAACCAAAUUGACGUGGUUGACCUUUCCUCAGUUUCCCAGGAAGGCAGUGGAAUCUGUUUGCCCUGUCCACCUUCGUGGCAGGCUAGUCCUGUCCAUCAACGAGCUUCUGAUGAAGAACCACCAAGGAUCCAGGAAGACCAUCCUGAAAACUCCCUGUAUCGCAUCUUUGAAAAUCCAUUGGGUUUGAUUGAAGAUAUUUCUCAGGACAGUACAGACUUGGCUGGUCCAGCUGUGUCGCACCUUUGUGAACCAAAUGACAACUUGUGUGUGAACUUGGUGCCAAACAGUAUAUCAACUCGGCAGGAAUUGGUGGAAAACCAAGACAGCUCUGUUGUGUUCGCUCAACAUCUUCCCCUCACCAAAGAAAUGGAUCUGGUUGAAAGUCCUGAAGGAGACCAUCCAGCUAGUCCUUUCCAUCAGGAAAUUUCGAAUGAAUCUGCAACAUUGCAAGACGCUUCCAGUGCCAAUCUGGAUUUGCUUGAGGAUUCUUCCAUUCCCCAAGAAAAGGACAUCGUUCACCCAACAGACAAUGUUUUGAGGCGAGUUAAUGAACGUCUUGCAGAGUCCGAUUUAGGAACUCAAGAGGAACAGACAAUUGGUCAAGGAGAAAAGAUCCUGGUGGAUUCCCAGCCCGCGAAAGAAUACCCGAGCUUGGAGUCGCACGAUACAGAAUCUGAGAUGUCCUUCAAGAGUGAAACGUGUUUGGAACAAGAGAAUAUCAGAGAUUCUUCUGCAAGAGAAGAAGAAGCAGUGCCAGAUGACGGCGUUGAAAAACCAACCGUUACCACGACCGCUGUAGCUGAAGAGGUCCACAUUUUGAUGAACGAAUUGGUGGAUACGGUGUGUGCCAUGGUAGCUCAGAGUGAAGAAAUGAGGGCUCCAAAGAGCUUAGAUUGGAUUGAUUCAGCCAUGCUGGAGUGUGUGACACCUCCUGUGAGCGAUGAUGAAGGUUGCCCAACUGACCAGCAUUCCCCUGCGGACGUGAAAUGGGCUGAGGAAUGUUUAGAUGAGACUUCCAACUUUGAUGACCAAGAAGAAGACUUACAAGCCAGGGUAGAAGGACGAGGAGAGUUGUGUUCCUCAUCAAAUGAGAACACAACGUCUGAUCCAGGAGAUGUUUCUGAAAAAGCAGAACCUCAAGGAAAUGAUGCUACCUCAGCUACCACGGGGAUCAUCUCAAGUUGUGGCACAAGUCAAGCAGAGCUGGACACAACCAGCCCCAAAAGCACAUGUUCAUGGCUCGAAAGCACUGAAUCACCAGAUGACUACAGUGCAAAGGUGGAUGACUACAAUGUGUCCACUUUGGAGAAAGUUGAGCAGACAGAGACGAGUCCAGAAGAAUCUGUUUGCAACAGGGAAGACUGUUCUAGAGGAGAAGAUGUGGGGAGCUCAUCCUUUAUCCCAACAAAAUGUCAGGAGGACUCUUUGGCAGAAGAACCUGGUCCUUUGGUUGACCGAGAUUCAAGCGAAGCUCCAGAGGAUCAUGAAGAAGAGGCCCAAGAAGAAGCAAAGAGGUGUCUGGGGAGUCUUGAAGACCUUCUACCUGAUGAAAGGACAGAGAGGCCCACCAGUUCUUCAGGCACGGACACAGACUGGGAAGAUGAAUCUCUGGCAGUGGACAGUGGCCAAGAUCCCUGCGUAGAUCGGUACCCCACGAGAAAAUUUGAGAGUUUGUAUCGACCGAGGUUCAAGGCCUCCCCGAGGAUUGAAUCCGAAUUAACUCGUUCAGCUGCUAGGAACGAGAUUUGUAAAGAUGAGGAUUGGGUGUCCUCAGAAGCUAGCCAGAAGGCGUCAGAUGCUGUAUCCAAGAAACACAACGUUCCUUUCGGUUUCAAAAAAGAUGUCUCAAUAUCGCUGUCUCGUGACAUGGACCGUAAACCCAAGCCCUUCAAGGAUUAUAUCAAUUUCUCCGUCACCAAAAAGCAUAAGGAGAAAAGCAGGACUUUCCAUGCAUUCUCCAAAGAGCACAACCCUUUGUCCAGGGAUUUGGGAUCAAUCAACUCCCGGAGCAGGAACUGGGGUUUUCUGAAUGACCCGGUUCAGAACAUUUUAGACGUGGAAUCCCUGCAGUUCCAUUGCAGGAUCCAAGAGCUCCUGAAAAGAUCACAACGUUCUACCUCCCGUGUUCUUCCCACCAAGAUGGUCCCACCUCAAAGGAUAGCAGAAGGAUUGCUGCCCCACGAGAAAAUGGUCUCGGAAGGGACAAUUGCUAGGUUUCCCACCCAGAGCAAAAGUCCGCUACUGGUUACCGUUGUCAACCCACGUCCGAGAACUGGGGGCCGAUACCAUGACAUCUGUGGCCCGUUUCCCGCCAGCCCAGAUCCCUUUGUCCCACCCGCUGCGCCGAGGAGUCAAGGCGAACUCGAUCCGAAGUAUCCCUUCCCUUCUUCGCAUCUCCAGAAACUAACCUACCAUAAGCUGAACAGUUUUUCCCGGGAUAUCUCGUCUGUUCUCGAAGAAUUUGCCGAAUUCAGCAGGGCAAUGAAUUUGGAGAGAGCGCGGACAUACAACCUGGAGAGAGACCCCACUGCUACCUCAGGAAAGGCGGGCGAGAUACGGUACCCACUUCGACCUCCCACGCCGCUGGUCUACGAGGACCUUCUCGCCAACCUGCGCGAUACCCUACAUUUCCAGCUGAAAAAUGUGGCUCAGGAAGCUUGCCGAAAACCCUUCUCGUUCUACUUGAUGGAAACGGAGGACGACCCGUUUUUCGGGAGAGUAAAGAAUUUGCUGAAGAAAGACGGCCAUUCCGAAGUGGACCUCCUGCAGUUCUGCAAAGGAAGCCGCCUGGAAAGGGAGAACUUACUGGUCAUCGUUCGAAACGAGGACAUUUCCUUCCAUAUCCACAAAGUCCCUGCCCUGCUGCGUCUCAAACGCUGCCCCAACGUGACUUUUGCUGGGGUGGACAGCCCCGAGGACGCCCUGGAUCACACCUACCAGGAGCUCUUCCACAGCGGAGGCUUUGUGGUGACCGAUGACAAAGUCCUCGAAAGGAUGACCACGGGGGAGCUGAAAGACGUCAUCAAAACUCUGGAGAAACUCAACAGUCACGGGAGAUGGAAAUGGCUCCUUCACUACCGAGAAUCCAAGAAGCUGAAGGAGGAUGCCAAGGGAGAUCUGUCCGCGCACACCAAGGAAUCGGUCCUGAAAUCCUGCCAGGUGGCCAACAUGACGGAAGUCCUGCACUAUCACAAGUGCGACUCCUGGUCCUGCACGAGAUUCGAGCGCUUCAACUGCCUGUUGAACUUGCAAAUUCAACACAUCACCAAGAGGUUCGGUGUCUUUCUCACAGAAAACACCAACACCAGCAGGGAAGCCUUGGAGGACAAAGGCGUUUUCAGCCUGAACACCACCGAGUUCAUCACCACCGCGCAAGACAUGGUGGCGCCAUUCGGAAGUGGCUUCUGGUAACCAGGAUCAACCGCCUUCUGCCUUCUUGCAACCCGACGGGGAUCGCAACGCCAAACCCGACUUUUGUCUGUCCAUUCUGGACAUUCCCGGAAGACACCAGACUCUUGUGCCACUCACUCUUAUUAAGCCGCCGCGACGCUCGCUCGAGGUCAAGCAGACUGGCCUCCCUCCCUCCCUCGGCUGGUUUGAUUUUGGGGCCUUGGCAAGGGGGCUUGGGAAAGGGCCGCUAGUUUUAUUUAAACACAACAUGGAACCUCAAAGAGGAAAAUGCGUUUUUGGAUAUUCUCGACUUUCUGGAUAGGAAAAAAAAAAAAGGAAAGCAUAGGAAUCCGUGGCUUUCUGGAUAGGAAAAAAAAAAAAAGCAAAGCAUAGGAAUCCGUGGCUCUCGAUUGCGCAGCUCAGUAUCACAUAGGAAAAU